AUGGAAUCAGGGCCUGCUCUCGAGUCUCAAAAACCCCCACUCCAGGUCGAAACUCCAGAUUCAGACAAGGAGGACGACCAAACUCUCAAACCUCAACAAUCAAACUCUUACGACAUUCCGACAUGGCGCAAAUGUCUCAUUCUCUUCAUCGUCAGCUGGAUGACCCUGGCCGUCACUUUUUCCAGCACCUCGCUACUGCCCGCAACUCCGGAAAUUGCUUCCGAGUUCUCGACCACCACCGAGAUGUUGAAUGUCACUAAUGCCGGGGUCUUGGUCGCCAUGGGCUUCUCGUCGUUUCUCUGGGGUCCUAUUGCCAAUCUCUUUGGUCGCAAAACUGCCUACAAUGCAGCCAUCCUGGUGCUUUGCGCUUGUUCGGCCGGGACCGCCGCGUCGAUUAAUUUGGGCAUGUUUAUUGCAAUGCGCUUGCUGGGCGGCUUCACGGGGACGUUCUUCAUGGUCGCUGGACAGACUAUUAUCGCAGAUAUCUUUGAGCCGGUGGUGCGCGGAACUGCCGUGGGAUUCUUUAUGGUCGGGUCUGUCAGUGGUCCUGCAAUUGGACCCUGCGUUGGUGGCAUCAUCGUCACCUUUGCUCACUGGCGCAUUAUAUACUGGAUGCAGUUCGGCAUGACCUUGUUUGGUCUUGUUCUGUCUAUGCUUUUUGUGCCGAGAAUUCGAGAAAAGAAGCAAACCGCAGAUUCCAGUGAGCGCUGGACGCUCGGCUCCAUCGUGAGAAUGUUCAACCCGCUCCGCAUCUUCCGUCAUUUCGUCUACCCGAAUGUGUUCCUUGCAAACUUCACCUGCGGCCUUCUUUCGACCUUCCAAUACGGUCUACUCACCUCAGCGCGCACCAUCUUCAACCCACGUUUCCACCUGAACUCUCCUCUCGUGAGCGGCCUGUUUUAUCUCUCCCCUGGCAUCGGCUUCCUCAUUGGCAGCGUUCUCGGUGGCAAAUUGUCCGACCGCGCCGUGAAGCGGUGGAUCCAGAAACGGAACGGUGUGCGCCUCCCCCAAGACCGUCUGAACAGUGGUCUGGCUACGCUGUUCGGCGUGGUGCCGAUCUCGGCCCUGAUCUAUGGCUGGACACUGCAGGAACAGGUGGGCGGUAUGCCGGUGCCGAUUAUCAGUGCAUUUUUUGCCGGUGUCGGGUUGUUAGGCUCGUUUAAUGGGUUAAACACAUACUCAGCUGAGGUCAUGCCUCAUGCGCGCUCGGAGGUCAUCAGUGGCAAGUACGUCGUGCAGUAUGUUUUUGCGGCGGCGGCGACAGCGGCUGUUGUGCCGCUGAUUGAUUCUAUUGGUGUGGGAUGGACAUUUACUAUUUGUGUCAUCUUCGCCAUUAUAAGCGGAUUCCUGGUCCUCAGCAUUACGAAAUGGGGUCUCGAUAUGCAGCGAUGGGCCGAAAGGAAAUUCGGCAUUGAUGCAAAGCCUUGA